AUGAAAAUGCUUCCCGUACAGCUGUCGUUGAAUCCGCCGCUCGGCCUCUGGAGUGAUAUGUUAUGGCGUUGCCCACCGGCGCCCUCAAGCCAAUUGGCCGAAUUGAAGACACAACUGCCGCCAUCGUUGCCAUCCGAUCCACGUUUGUGGGGCCGCGAAGAUGUCACAGUCUUUUUGCGUUUCUGCGAACGUGAAUUUGACCUACCCAAAGUGGAACAUGAUCUCUUCCAAAUGAACGGCAAAGCGCUUUGCCUGCUCACACGCGCAGACUUUGGUCACCGUUGUCCGGGUGCAGGCGAUGUGCUGCACAAUGUUCUACAAAUGCUCAUCAUCGAGUCACACAUGAUGCAGUGGCAUUUACCCAACAGCCCAGUCACACCUACCAGCCGUUACCCACUCUCCCCGCACAGCCAUCCGCCGACGCCAACUUGGCCACCAAUUGGUGCGCUGCCAGACAGUCCCUUCCACAAUGCGCAUAUGCAUCAUUUUAUGGCGCCCAAUUCGGUCACACUCAGUCCGCCACCAUCGGUAGACUCGCAAGCCAGCAGUCCGCCACAAAGCCAAGAGCAAAAUAUAGCGGCAGCAGCAGCAGCGGCCGCUGCUUCAGUGAGCGGCGCUAGCACAAGUAGCAGCAGCAGUAGUAGCACCAGCAGCGGUAGCAGUAACAGCGGCGGUGGCUUGGGAGCCAACAGCAACAACGCCAUUCACACUAACGGCAGCCUCGUGCCACCAGCCAUCUCCGUGACAAUGAGCUCCGGCAAUAGCUACUCCGCACACCAUGCGACGGUCAGCACUGGCGCUAGCAGCAAUCAGUCCGAUUCAGAUGAAGAAGGCAGUUGCUCAGAGCUGGCGGCAGCGGGCAAUAGCUUGGCCAAGAGCGGUGCAGCCGCAGCAGUUGUAGCCGCGCACUAUAAAGCCAGUCCGCCAACCACGCCCAUUUUAAAGGAUAUGCCACAGAGCCUGUCACAGCAGAUUACCAACAGUUUUGUGAAUUCUUGGUCACAGAGUCAAGCCGCACAGGCCAUGGGUCAGAAAUAUCAACCGAAUAGCGGCAAUGGCGGCUCGGUUUCGGCACCCACGACGCCAAGCUAUAUGCAACCUGUGAAACGUGAAUUCUUUCCUGAAACUACGGAACCCAACACCAAUGGCCGUUUAUUAUGGGAUUUCCUGCAGCAACUGCUCAACGAUCGCAAUCAGAAGUACAGCGAUUUGAUCGCUUGGAAGUGUCGCGACACUGGCGUCUUCAAAAUCGUGGAUCCUGCCGGUUUGGCCAAACUUUGGGGCAUACAGAAGAAUCAUCUUUCCAUGAACUACGAUAAAAUGUCACGAGCGCUGCGCUACUACUACCGCGUCAACAUUCUGCGCAAAGUGCAAGGCGAACGCCAUUGCUAUCAGUUCCUGCGCAAUCCAACCGAGCUAAAGAACAUUAAGAAUAUCUCGCUGCUGCGCCAAUCCGUUGCAGGCAAUGGCGGCCCAACAGCGACAAGCAGCGCUAAUGGCUCCAACAACGCUGGCAGCGCGUCGAACAGCAAUAACAGCAAUAACCUUAACAAUGUCAACAACAAUAAUAAUAAUCAGUCUCCCGGUACAAAUUUGAGUAGUACAAAUUGGACUUUGCCGCAUCAGCAAUCACCGCAGCGACACCCAUCGUCGCACGGCAGCAACGGCAGUGUCAAUGGCAACAGCCACAGCCACAGUAACGGUGUCGGCAAUCAGCAUAUGAGUCUUCCUGCGGCCGUAGCUGCUGCGGCAGCAGCUGCUUACGGUCCACCACCCACAUCGCCGCUCUUCAUGCACGCCAUCAAUGGGGCCUUCCAAUACUUGUCGAAUAAUACAGGCGCACCACCCAAUUCGCCAGCAAUGCCACACACACCCAGCGAGAAAUUCCAAUUUGGCGCACUAAAAGUGGAACACAAUAGCGCAUCAUCGCCAGAUCAUGGCGAGGAACUGAAGCCUACCGAUUUGAGUGUGGCGGGGAGUAGCAUCGAGAAGCGGCCUUAUUCCAGCCCAUCGGCAGAGGAUUGCUACCCACUUAUACGCAACGCUGACGGACUUACCACCAUCAAAUUGAUACGUUACAACAAUGACAAUGAAACGAAUGCGUCCAAGCAGUCAACGCACGAGCAGCAGCAAGAACAGCAGCAGCAGCAAGCAAAUGCUGCUGUAAAUUGUAGCAACAGCGGCGAGCAGCAGCAACACACGCCUAUGGACCAUAUGGAUAACGAUGGCAAUGAGGACGAAGCCGCGUCUGGCGCUGGUGGCGUCAAUCUAAUGCCAACGGAUCUGCGCAAGUAA